CUUAUAGGGGUAUGAGAUAUAUCAUUGAUGCGGGAGUUCCUUCAUGUAGUUGCACAUAUAAGCGAGCAAGAGGAGUCGUCACCUGACUCAUCAGAGUUGAGAUAUUCGAGGAAGAUCGCUUUCAACUUCGUGCGCCAUUGCUAUGGACUUAUGAGGAUGGAUCUCACGCCUAAGUGCAAUCGAACAGAGGAGAGCUCAAGGGCCAUUGACGUGAGCAUUGUGUAAACUCUGCUACUUACACUCGAGUUAUCAAAACCAAAUUCUACUUAAGUUUAACUUUUGUGUAUUCAUAUGUUUUUUUAUUUUAGCUAUCCUAACGGUCCUAGGUUCUUGCCUUUUCUUGAAGAAAUGGUUAGACUUAACAUGACUUCAUUGACUUGUAAGCAGUAUUUCUGUAUACAUAAUGGUCCCUGAUACCGUUGUCGAUAAUAACUAUGUGGAACAAAUAGACUUACAAAAGUACUUUGGAAACUUUGUACAGAGAUUUCUUGCUUUUGAGGUGAAGUUGUACUCUACAUUGCUGAGUGAUAUUAUCAUUUUCUCUUUUUGUCCUAUAUCUGGUGCGAUUUUGUUGCGAAUAAAGUUGUUU